AUGUCCGCAUUUGCAGCCAUUCUGUCUCUGCGUCUUUCACAGGGUAUAUUCACCGUACUUAAUAUUGGUCUAUCUAGCUACUUGGUGCACGAACUAGUCGAUGUGACUAGCGACGUGACUGUCGGGCUUGUUGCGGCAUGUGUCUCUGCUAUGGGCAUAUUUUGUGCUCCUAGUACGAGCAAAGUUAUGUCAACAAGAGGGUCAAAUCUCUACUUUGCGUUUGCUGUAGACUGGGUUGUGAGCAUUUUCAACUUGAUUGCACUCAUCUACCUUGGGAAAUUUGUUACCAGCUCAUCCUUCUGUCAAGAGAAGAUAUGCACAGUCGCCAAGCUGAAUACUGUGUUAACUGGAUUGAAUUUUUCCAACUGGGCAGCUACAGCGACGUAUAUUGGUAUUCAGAUAUCCAAGCCGUGGACAAAAGGUACUGAGCCUGUCCCAGAGAUGGGGAAAAUCCAGCUUUAG